AUGGCUUGUCAUAUCCUCAUGAGAUUAGCCGUUGUAGAAGAGCUAGCCAAACAAGGGGCUAAAAUUCAUACAUGUGCUAGAAAUGAGGCUAGACUUGAAGAGUGCAUACGCAAUUUUGAGGCUAAAGGUUUCCAGGUUAGUGGCUCAAUAUGUGAUGUAGCACAACGAGCCCAACGAAAUAAGUUAAUGGAGACCGUUUCUACAAAGUUCAAUGGCGUGCUCAACAUCUUGGUGAACAAUGUUGGGACUUGCACAUCAAAACGAACGGAGGAGUUGACAGCCGAAGAUUAUGCAACAACGAUGAGCACCAACCUUGAAUCUGGCUACCAUUUAAGCCAACUAGCCUACCCUCUUCUUAAAAAAUCGGGUUCCGGGAACAUCAUCUUCAUGUCAUCUGUUGCUGGUGUUGUGUCCAUCGGUGGUGCCUCUCUUUACGGAGCAACAAAAGGAGCAAUGAAUCAACUAGCAAAGAACUUGGCGUGCGAGUGGGGAAAGGAUAACAUUAGGGUUAAUUUUGUUGCACCUUGGUUUAUUCGAACCCCUCUUACUAACCAGGCCGUGGAUAAUAUGGAAGGUUUUUUAAAAACUGUGGAAAGUAUUACUCCAUUAGGAAGGAUAGGAGAACCAGAAGAGGUGUCUUCCGUGGUGGCUUUUCUUUGCAUGCCCGUCGCAUCCUACAUCACUGGACAAACUAUUUGCAUUGACGGGGGUUUUACUGUUAAGGGCCUCUAA